AUAAUUUUCUGCGUUUCGAAGUAUAGAAGAAAAUUAUUGUACUAACGGUUCUUUCAUAUAUAUGUAUGGACACGUGAUAUUAAUUGUAGUAUCACGUGAGUGGUCAUUUUUCGCGGGUUAAUUUCCCAAUUAGACCAUUCUCUCGCCAACUUCGAACUGGUCAAGAUGGACACCGAGUUAGAUGAUUCAAUUAAGGCAGUAAUUCUACGCGAGGUGAAAAAUGCAGUUUCCUCUUCACAGCAAGAUCUUCUAAACAGCAUAACUACAGUGAUGGAUAGUAGGCUUACAUCUUUCCAGUCAAAUCUGCAACAGUCACAGCAGGAGAUUUCCCAAACUCAGAUAGCCAAGCUUGAAGAAACAAUGACUGACAAUUAUAGUUUUCAGCGUAAAGGAAACGAAAACCAGUAUCGUCAUGAGGUGAAAGUGUUAACCAAGCUGAAGGAAGCUAAAGCUAACCUGGAGGCUCCAGAAUUGGGAAUUGAUUCUGUGCAGAUAGCAAAGAUGAAGAUUAUUGAAGGUAUUGACUUAGUGCGUGAAAGGCAAAAACUUAUAAAACUGGCCGACUCUUCCCAACUUGGAUGGAAAGUCGUCAGUGAGUACGUAGCUAAUCCUAUCGCUGACGACUCAGAAGACGAAAAGAAAAUGAUGAGGGCUCAGUCUAGAGCGGAAAGAAAGAGUAAGGCAGAAAAAGUAAAGAAAGGCAAACCAAGACCAACACCUUAUAGCAGGAACCCAGAGAAAGAAACCAAAUCGGUUAAGCCUGGAAGAUGUUUCAAGUGUGGAAAUAAGGGUCAUUGGAUAGACGAAUGUCCAGAUAUGAAAAAUAAGAUAAGUAAUUCUUAUUCACAAAUUUUAGUUUUUGAUAACAUUAAUGUAAUACAAGGUCACUUUGUGCCUGUAGCCAAUACUUCAAGUAAUAAUCUUGUUACAGAAGUGAAUACUGUUAAAAAUGCUCAGACGAAAAUGUGUUCCACAGGUAGUUAA